AUGUCUGCCUGGAAAGCCGCCGGUAUCUCGUACAACCGCUACCUGGCCAUCGCGGCCCGCACUGUCCGCCGCAGUCUCAAGGAGGACAAGCGUCUCCUUGCUGAGCGCCGUGGCGAGACUGAGCUCCGCUUCGCCAAGUGGGAGAACGGCAAGGCUGGCGAGGCCAAGGAACCAACCAACUCCGUCCAGGGCUCGUCCAACUAA